UGUGCACCACAAUUUUUGUCUUUACGUUGUGCUUUACCAGUACGACGAUGUGGGCUUCAACAGGAGAGCCUAGUUUGACAGGGUAGUUUUCCGCCAUAUGGCAGCAGAGUGGGUGAAAUUCUGUUAUUCGUGGCUGCUGUUGUGGUUCUGCAUCCGGGCAUCCGAGUCCAGAAACACUCGACGCUCUCUGGACGAUGACCUCCUGCAGCCUUACACACAGGGUCACGGCCCCACCCACUCUCACCGCCACGUCCGGGACUGUCAGGCCCUCAUUUAUGACAACGCCACCUAUGAGAGCUAUACCUCCCACGGCCGAAGCAGUCAGCCCGUUGCUGAGUCCAAGGUGUUUGUGACGGAUGUGGAGAAAGGCACCAGAUGGGUUCUUGGUCACAUGACUGUGGUCCACGACCCGCUGAAGAUGGUGUCUGUGUUGGAACCAGGAGGGCCGGGUGGCUGCGAAAUGAAGCGCAGGGUGUCUGUGGAGGACACGGCUAAAGCUGCAGGGUGCCUUUACGCCCAAAAUGGUGGAUUCUUCAAGACAAAGUCAAGCGAGUGUCUGGGGAACGUGGUGAGCAGCGGCAGGCUGGUGCAGGACAGCAAAGGGGUGCAAAACGCCCAGUUUGGAAUAAGGAGGGAUGGCACCCUGGUGUUUGGGUAUCUGUCACAGAAAGAUGUUUUAGAUCAGUCCAACCCCUUUGUUCAGCUGGUCAGUGGAGUCAUUUGGCUGCUGAGGGACAGGAAGAUAUACAUCAAUGAGAGUCUGCAGGCGGAGUGCAGUGAGACCGAGGAGACAGGGUCAUUGAAGUAUUUUGUGGAUGUGGUGUCGGCCAGAACCGCAGUGGGCCACGACGAAGAGGGAAGACUGAUCCUCUUUCAAAUUGAUGGCCAAACAGAAAAAAGAGGGAUGAAUCUCUGGCAGGUAGCAGAGUUCCUGAAGGACAACGGCGUGGUCAAUGCCAUUAACUUGGAUGGAGGCGGGUCUUCUACCUACGUGGUUAAUGGCUCUCUGGCCAGCUACCCCUCUGAUCACUGCACUUCCGACAGCAGGUGGCGCUGCAGCAGAGAAGUCUCCACUGUUCUGUGUGUUCAUCAGCCUCUAUGCCAGCCCGCAAACUGCAGCGAACACGGUGAAUGCGUUGACGGACGCUGCCGGUGUGAGAAGGGCUGGCGGGGUGCAGCCUGUGACACCCUGGUGUGUCAGCCCCCCGCCUGCGGACCCCACGGUUUCUGUACAGCCAGUGGUUGUAUCUGCGAUGCUGGAUGGAGAGGGACAAACUGCAGUGAAGCAUGCCUCCCAGGUUUCUACGGCGACGGCUGCACCAAAACCUGCUCUUGUUUUAAUAACGGUUCCUGUGAUCCUGUCAACGGUCGCUGUGUCUGCCCUCCUGGUUUCCAUGGUGACACGUGUGAAAAAGCGUGUCCUUUGGGUUUCUUCGGUGCAUCUUGCGCUCAGGAGUGUCGAUGUGACGACUUGUGCCCAUGUGACCCGCAGACAGGAAGCUGUAACACCACAUUACCAGUAGACACCAAUUACACCUUACACAGAGCUGGACGAUGCCUGGCCAAGCAGAUGUUUACAUCCUGGAGACAAGAAGAAGAAUCUCACAGAGAGCAGCCUUAUCUAACAGAGCGAUCAUGGCUAGUCAUCACCCUCGUCCUCACUUGUCUCCUGUUGGCCAGCCUGAUCGUCUCAUGUCACCAGGUGUGCUGCAGAUCAGUGACAUCACGCUUCCCUGAGCGAAAGGAUUACUCUUAUGUACCGCUACAGGACAUCAACGGAGCCCCUUCACGCACUGCAGAAAAUAGGAACGGGAGCUUGGGAGUGGAGGACUCGGAUUCCCAGGAGGAAAUCUAGUCUCCGUCACACUCAGGGAGGUCGUAGCUGCCUGGAAGAUCGAGGAUGAGCAGUGAGAGCACUGUUAUUGCACAAAAACACUCACUUCACGUUCUGCCACCAAUACGGGAAUACUGAUGUGAAACACGACAAAGCCCAACAGUUUUACAACAUUCCUCUUUAAACAUAUCUUCAGAUUUCCCCAAAGUCUUUUGGCAGAAGUUUUCUCAGGAUUUUUGUUUCAAGUUGAGGUGUUUCAACCUGAAAAUGAAUAGAAAGUGACAAAAUCUUGAUUUUUGUUUUGUCUUUCAGCUCCAGGUAUGAUAAUGUUAACUCUCUUUAAAACUGAAAGCAUGAGCUCUAACCUGUACAGACGGAUGCUAACGUCUCGUCGUCUUCCUCAGCUUUCAUCACACAAACAGCAAAUUACUUCCUUACUAGAGUCUCACCUAGAACAGGAUGUACUAAUAGUAAAAUAUAGAUACUGUUAAUACCUGUAUUUUUACUGGCAGUCAGAUGUUUACAAGCCUUAAAAAUUGUUUCAAGGACUUUAAAGUGUCUUACUAACUUUCUUAAAAUACCUGCCAUGUUUUUUUUGGGUUUUUUUGUUUUGUUUUUUACAGCUGCAGUUUUUUACAGUAAUUUCAGAUUAUUUUUUAUGUUCCUAAGGUAUUAUAUGAAUGAAUUUAAAAUGUUUUUCCAAACUUUUGGCCCUUUAUAUAGAUUGGAAAUUACUAUACAUUUAAGAUUACAAUGCAAAAAAAUGUUUUAUAAGUUGGAACUUUUUCCUGUUUGAUCUGAUAAACUUUUAUCUAAAAGACAAUAAUGUACAAAGCAAACCAUAUUCAAAGUACAGCCGUAAGUUAUUAUUAUGUACAUCAAACAAGUAAAGUAUUUUGGUUUUCCUCUCAAAUAUUUGCUCAGUUUGAACUCAGUGAAAUCUGUUCCUGCUAGAUGGAAGCUAAUUUAUGAAGCCAAAGAGUGAAAUAAGGUUGCUGUGAACAGAACAGAUACUUUGACAACAGCAGAUUGUUAAAGUUUACCAAGAACAAUCUAUUGACACCAUGUUGCUCACGCCUGCUACAGAUACUAUCCUACAGCUUAGGCUGUGUUCAAACAACAGAUCUUGAUCCUCAAUUCAGAUUUUUUAGUUUUUUUUUUUUUGGUUCAAUCUGAUUUUUUAAUUGUUUUUGCAUGGUUGUUCAUACUACUAAAUGAUGCAACCGCAGUGAAACUGGACGGGACUGCUCCAUGUAUAAAGCCAAAGUGUCGUAGUGUUUACGAAUGUUAAUAUAAUAUGAACGUUACUUGGCAUGUUGAGUGUUUGCAGGCAAGAUUUCUGGGUUCAUUUCUUUGCUGGUAGGAAGAAACAAAGUAUAGCAAAUCUAAGAUGAUCUUUGCAGAUUUCCCUUUGAUGCAAGGAAAUCAAUUUCAACAAUCAUGUUUGCCUCCAGGAGAGAUAAUGAAACAAAACCGUAAGUUCUGGCUCUUAAGAUGAUGUUUCUUAAGAUGAUGAUGUUUCCUGCAUUGGUUUUAUGCUUUAAACCAAUGCAGGAAACAUUUUAAACAUCAGAUAAAAUUUGAAAUCUAAUUUAUUUAAAAAGGAACUAUUAAACAAAUGUCCCAAUGUCAUAAAAAAGCUGUGGAAAAACAUAACAAAUGUGAAAAUAAUAAAGUAUUAAGGAAGGGAACAAGGGUAAUAAUUUUUUACCAUCUAAUUUUGAACCAGUAAUCUUGCAUUUUUUUAAAUUUUUGCCUGUUAAAUUAUUUUACACUGAACCAAAGCGACCAACGAGGAAAACAAACUGAGAUGAUUCAUACAUAUUUAUCUUCAGGUUAUGUCUCUGUUAUUUGUUAUAUAAUUCUGCAGACUGCUGAGCAACACGAGUUAAGAAUGUACUGGGUCAGGUUGAGGUCCUGGUGUCACCAGAAACCCCCCAUUAAUUUUAAUAUUUAAUAAAACAUGUCUGAGGUCA